UCCGUAACAGAUGGGGUUACCAUAUUCGAGCCAUAUUAUGAUGGAACACGAGCAUGUAUAACUGAAGUUGGAUAUACACAAACGAGCGAAGGGAAUGUGAAAAUGUGUUUUCGAUCAGCCGAAUCCAAUUAUGAAGAGAGGUGUUUUGACAUCAUGGUAUUUGAAGUUGGGAAAGAUCAGUGCGGCAAAAUUGGAGAUGCAAUAACUGGUCCUUGUCAAAAUGGCGGUAUCUGUUUUCCUGGCGACAACAAGCAUGUUUGUUUCUGUCCAAAGGGUUAUACUGGUGAAAAUUGUGAAAAAGGGCCAUGUCAGGAAAGUGACAAUAAAUGCGAAAAUGGCGGAUUCUGCUUGGUCGACAACCACGUGAUAUCUUGCCUGUGUAAAGCUGGAUUUACUGGGAACCUGUGUGAUACAGAUAUUAGCGACGGAAAUGGAAAUACAAGUGUCGAUGGGGGAGUUUUUACAUUAGAAGGUUCAGCACAGACGGUAAACUGUAACAGAAACAGAAUGUGUGGCUUAUAUGCUCCUGUAGCAUAUACCUCAAUUGAAAAGCCAACGGUUGCUAUGGGAUACAUUAGCCCAACAUUAGAGGUAGACUCUGUACAAACGGAGCAGGAAAUUGCAGUUGGGCGUUAUAUAACAAGUGUGUUAUUUUUACCGAAGGAAGUUGGGACAUUUUUACUUUGCUUACAAACGUUGAAUAUGGAAAGAAUAAAUAAGGAUGAAUUGUGUCACAAAGUUUUCGUCACCGACGGCGUUGACCUUGUGUACGGAUUUGAGGAUCGACCACUCUUUGUGAUGCCAAGUCUUCAACCAUCGGUCGUCAUAGAGUGUGAAGAAAGCACUGUAUGUCACGUGACAUAUACAGCGACACCUGGUGUAGGACAUGAACAUAACUGUCUUGACAUUCAAGUUUCUAGUGGCGGCAUAGAGCUUCUCCAUACGUUUACUUCAUGUGACGCAUGUGUAGACGGAUUUGGCGUAUCUAAUAACUGCUCAAUUGAUAUUUCAUUUAAACCUUCCUUUGCGGACGAUAAUAAGCAAGUCUGUGUCGACCUUAUUUUGAAAAGUGGCAAUGUUAGAGGAGAAGAACGGUGUUUUAAUGUAUCUAUUCUGCCAUCCGGUGAUAUCAAUGCAAAGAAAGGUUGUCAACUGUUGGGGUGCCGUAACGGAGGAUUCUGUGACGGACAUGACCCUGAUAAGCCUUUGUGCUCUUGUAUGAAAGGCUAUACUGGGACACAGUGUGAAACAAAACUUGGUUCGACACAUACCGGAAUCUGUAAGCCAAGUUUUCUCGAGGGGUCAGUUGUGACAGAGUUUGAGUGUGUAACGGACAAUACCUGUAUAUAUCAAUUUGAAAUUUGUUCCAGCAUCAGUCCACUUGUGACACUUGGUUACAACAACCCAAGUUUGAAUCUUGGAACGCCAGCUCUGAAACCACCUACCUCUUCAGGCUCUUGUCAAUGCUCUACGGGCUCUGUUGAGCUUCGUCCAACAAUCGCUAGCACGGACGCUUUCAAAUUCUGUUUGCAGCAAGUACUUUCAGAUGGAUCCACUGGUGAUGAGUUGUGUCCAUCUGUUUUUGUAUCAGAUACCAGAUCAUCUGGAGCUGUAGACACGAAAAAGCCGUAUUUCCUGCAACCGACACUACCAAGUGGUUCAGUUUUGCUUUGUAAACUCAACGAAACUUGUUAUCUGGAUCUGCACUACACAGACGGAUCAACAUUUGGAUCAUCUUUGGAAUGCCCAAAAUUACGGGAGUCCAGCGGUCACUCACUGAAUGGAUUACACAUUUUCCCUUUUGAACAUGCUUCCAAUGAAUGCAUAAAUGACGUUUCCUUCCAACACCCAUCGACAGCUUCUGGAGGAGACAUUUUUGAAUAUUGCUUCAAAGUCUCAAUUCCGGGAAAACAGGGCGAGCAACGAUGCUUUCAGCUUAAGAUCACCAGUAAUCUUAAUACCUCUGUCGACUCUCUCUGCAAGGAUAGGGUUUGCCAUGGACAAGCUCGAUGCAUCGCCGACUUUACAGCUAACAAUGCACAGUGCAUCUGCCCUGUUGGCUUCACAGGAUCUGAUUGUUCACAAGUUGUAAACAAGACGAGAAAUCUCCCUGGCGUAGAAAAUGCCAGUGUAUCAAAAACCGAUACGCCGCAUUUCGACAUACACCACGCCAUUCCAAAAGUGAUAGAAUGCGAGGAAGGAUACCCAUGUAAAAUCGAAAUAGCAUAUAUGGGAGAGACCACUAAAACCCCUGUUCUUGGCUACUGCGACCGAAAUUUAACUGGUCACGCCCAAGUGUCGGUAGUAUCAUUGAGUGGACAAGAACAUUUGCUCGUGUCAACGGUGAAUGGAAAGGCUGGAACAUACAAAUGUUGUUAUCAAACUACUACUACUGGGACAGACAUUGGAGAAAAUAUAGAUGAAAUAUGUUUCCACGUCGAUAUUAAGACUCAAGGAACAGUGCCUACAUCGGAUCCGAACAAACCCCGCUUCAUCAGCCCUGCAACAAACUCCAGUUUCACAUGCACAUUCAACUCUAUUUGCCACGUGACAAUGCUUACAGAAAAAGACGGUUCCACUUGUACACAAGUGAAGGAAUGUGGACAAGGCUUGACGGGAGUGCAUGUGUUUACCACCGAAGAAAUGGGCGGGCAGUGUAUUACUGAUGUUGGCUUCAAAACAUCAGACCAGGAGGAAACACAUAUAUUGUGUGCAAAAGCAGGACCUAACGGGGAGGAAAGACAAAUUAUCCUCGAAGUCAAAAACUGCAGCGGUUUCGGUCCAUGUCAGAAACUACAUUGUAAGAACGGCGGCACCUGUGUGUCGAUGACAGACGCAGCCGUCUGCUUGUGUCGCAAUGGCUUCACAGACACAGAGUGUCAAAUAGAAAUCAACGAAUGUGAUCCAGUACCGUGCGUUCAUGGAAGUUGCACUGAUCUUGUCAAUGGAUAUUCAUGCACAUGCGAACCUGGUUAUGAGGGCUUUAAUUGCACUGAAGAAAUUGAUGAAUGCUUAUCCAAUCCAUGCAUACAUGGAACCUGCGUUGAUUUAGUUAACGGAUACACUUGUGCCUGUGAAAGUGGAUAUGAGGGGUCCAACUGUGAAAUAAAUGUUGACGAGUGCGUUGGUGUUAUUUGCCAGCAUGGCGGUACUUGUGAUGAUGGGGUAAACAUGUACAGGUGCCGGUGUACCAGCGGCUGGGAGGGAACGCACUGUGAAACAGAUAUAAAUGAAUGCAGUUCCAAUCCGUGUAUCAAUGAUGGCAAUUGUACAGAUGAAAUAGAUGGCUACAGUUGUGUGUGCAACAAACAGUUUACUGGCAUGCACUGUGAGCUAGAACGAGGCGGCAGAAUACACCAAGUGAUUACUCCCAACAACCCUCAACCGCCGUCGUUCACUGAGUACACAAUCCCUGAGAUAAUUCGAUGCCGGGUUAACGCCAGCUGCACGAUCGUAUUGCCAGUUGAUGGGGAGUUAAAUAAACCCCCAAAUGUUCAAAACGGCCAUUACUCUCCCGGCCUAAUUGUGAGCCCACCUAAGACGACUGAGAGUAAUCCUGCCCGGUGUGUCAACGGCCGAUGUGCGUUCGAUGCCCACAUAUCCGUGGUAGCAACUUUUGUCAGCUUCUUCAAGUAUUGUGUUCAGACCACCGACUACCAGAAUGUGAAUGCCGAUGAAUUGUGUUAUCAAAUUGAGUCCUACAUUCCGAGCACCACGCCAGGCAAAAGCAGCUUCAUUCAGCCUCCUACUAUCCCCAAUAACUCGACUAUGAAAUGUCCAGUUGGCAAGCCUUGUGUAUACAUUGUGGAGAUCAAAAGACCGCCAGAUGGAUGCAAAGACAAGCUGACACCCGAGGGUUCUCCACCAAAUACCAUGGUCCAUUUGGUUCCGUUUGGUAACAUCCCCACUUGCAAGUACGAGGUAGUCUUCACACCAGAACCUUUACAGCAGGAAAGCCAUGUUCUACUUUGCUUCAGAACAGAUUUCGACAGGCACUGCUCAAAGGUGCACGUACAGCGGGAAAAUGAAAUCGCUCAAUCUACUGGAGGGUGUAGCCAGUUGCACUGUGUAAAUGGUGGAUUCUGCGACUCAAGCUCGAGGCCAUCGUGUCAGUGUCAACCGGGUUUCAUGGGAGAUACAUGCGCCAAACCAGAUGAAAAGUGUGUGGUUGGAUCCAUUCCUGACCAAGUUGUUUGCAAUCAGCAGUCGUGUUCAUUGGAAUUCUUGGUUACAGGCAGCAUCACAGUGCCUGUUGUUGUGGAAACAGAGCAGCAUCUUUUACCAGAGAUUUUCCCCGAUUCAAUUGACAUUGGUACAUACUACUUAUCCCUUAAAGUGACAGGGGCUGUUGCUUCGGGAUCCAGGGUGUGCAUAAAGACCGAAUCCAAUGGAAAAUCAGGGAAUUGUUCUUCGACGGAUUGCACAACCAUUGUUAAAGAUGACUCAAUGACUACCAUCCAGUCUGUGCUAAACUGCACAGAAACGGACAGUGCCGGAAAAUGCCUGCCAAUUGUCAUGACAACUCGUCCAUUCUCAAACAAAACUUGUCCCCAAUUGUCUGUGCACCAGGACACUACACUGGCGAGCGUACACGUGUUUGAAAACAAGUUGGUGGACAGCCACGAUCCCCGUUGUGUUGCUAUAGUAACCGCCUUCCCAAGCGGGGGUAGUAGCAAUAAAGAUAGACUGUGUUUAACCGACAGCCUUAGUGGUGUUCGUUGUAUGACAGCUGUAACGUCUAAUCAGAAAAAGUGUGACUCCGGGAAAGCAACUGCUCGUGCCAGGAAGAGUGUUUCUUCUGGGUUGGUUAGUUGUUUUUGUGAGGUUCAUGGCCAGAAGCUUCCAAUCAUCAUCACAAGACCUCAAAUCAAGACCGAGCGCUUGAUUAAGGUGGCGGGGUACGGCGCAGGCGGGAUGGCGGGAGCCAUGAUUGUGGGCGUGCUGAUCUACUUGAUCAUUUCAGGGGUAAAAGGAGAUAGAAAAAUCGACAGUUACGGGAGGCCAAUGCCCGUGGGAAAACCAAUGCCCUUCCCCAGGCCUAAUUCGAUGAAUUCACUUAUUGAUGCCAAGGCCCGAUUAAAGGCACGACGGAUUUAUCCAAAUUCUGUUGACAGUUUUUGAAUGCGCUUGAUGUUCAUCGCCAUGAAAUGCGAUGUAAUCUUUUCUUAUUGAUUUUGAUGGUUUAAGCAUUGUUUGCGCAUAAAGAUACUUGUAGCAGGUGUAGUCAUAUUAAACAGAUGGACACGUAUUUCGUUAUUCUAUGAAA